AUGCUUAAUAUUAACUCUAUGGUUAAAAUAUUUGUUUGAUACAUCAACGGGUUGUAUAUUUGAAUUUAAAUCCAAAUUAUGGAAGAAAGUGAAUAUGAAGUAACUAAAAUUUCCAAAAAAGGCCGACAUAGGAAAAAAUUACUUUAUAAAUCCAUUUUACAAUUAAUGGAAUUUUAUUUCAGCGAUUCUAACCUAGCAAAAGAUCGAUUUUUGUCUCAGUUAAUUAAUGAUGAUCCUUACAUUGAUUUGAAUAUAUUUCUAAAAUUUAAUAAAAUAAAAAAAUUAAAUUGUACUAUAGACGAUAUUCGUAAAGCGAUCGGUAAAUCAGAUUUAAUAGAACUGUCCGAAAAUAAGGAAAAAAUAAAAAGAAAACUGCCGAUUAAAAUCAAGGAUAACGUCGAUUUAUGUACGGUGUAUAUUGAAAAUAUCCCAGCAGAUGCCGAUCACGAUUGGAUCUCAAACAUUUUUUCAGAUUUCGGUAAAGUGGUUUAUGUAUCCAUACCGAAAUAUAAACAUAAUAAAACUAAUAAAGGUUUCGCGUUUGUCGAAUUUGAAGACGAAAUAGGAGCUAAAAGCGCCCUUGGUUAUUUCGAAAGUAUCGGGUGUAAAAUGCCAUCAGAAACAAGCCCAGAACAGUUAAAAAGCAUUCGAACGUUCGAAGAAAAAACCAGCGAAAACCAAUUGACGAAAAAACACAAAGAAAAACCAAAUAAUGAAGAAACUAAGGAACCGAACACGAGUUUAAAGAGAAAUUUGGAAGAUGAACCGGAAAUCGUGAAUAAAAAAAUCAAAUUAGAUACAGAUCAGCAGAAAAUGAAAAGCGCUGUGGAAAACGCGGAAAAUUUAGACACCGAUCACCUGGAAAGAAAAAAUUCAGUUGAAAACGCGGAAACUUUAGAUACUGAUAACAAAAAGAAGAAAAAACAUAAAAAAGAUAAAAAGAAGAUUGUAAUCAAAGAAUUGGGGCUUCAGGUGUUGUUAAAACCCGAAUGGAAAAAAAUGCGAAAUCGUUAUUUGGAUCUGCAGAAAAAACAGAUGAGGGAGUUCAAACAAUAUUUGCACAAACAGAAAUACAACCAAAGGAAUUUUGAUGGACCGAAGAAGAAUUACAGGGAAACUACCGAUAAUUCACAAGAAAACGUUAAGAAUGACGAAACUACAAAGGUGGAAUUCGUAAAAGGAGUUAUAGUUAAAGUGAAAUUGCCGGAAACUGUUGUGGAUACCAAAAAAAUCAAGACUGAAGUAAAAGCUACAUCUUCGGAUAUUAAGUACGUCGACGUUCCUCUACCGACAGGAAACGAGAUUUUUAUAAGAUUUUCGAAUAAUGAGACCGCUAAAGAAUUUUGUACGAAAGAUUUCUUUGGGGAAAAAACCGUUUUAGAUGGUGACGACGAACGAGCUUAUUGGGAAAAAAUUAAUAACGACAGAAACGUCAAGUAUUUAAAAAACGUCAAAAAACAAAGAGGAAGGGAUAAGCUAUUGAAAAAAGCUGAAAAAUUGAUGGCCACUCAUAUAAAAUUCGAUGAUGGCGAGUGAAAUUGUUAUAUAAGUUAAUAAAUUAAUUUUUUUAUGCA